CACCUGCAGCCUGUAUCUAGUCAACCUCGCCAGAGCAAGGAGACCGCCAGCCACUCACCUCGUCUCGCUCUUCGACCUCUCACCAGCGUCGUCUCCGCCCCAAGCAAUGGCCACUGAAAGUAAAACCUAAGAGAUUAGGCCGAGCCCCGAGCUACCCAAGCAACUGCCAUUCGAUUUUCUGAAGAAGAUAACAAACGAUUUCUCCGCGGAGCGGAAGAUUGGUGGAGGUCCAUUUGGAAGCGUUUACAAGGGAGUUGUGCCAGAUGAUGGCAGAGUGAUUGCGGUGAAGAAACUUCAGGAGAACGCUCCAAUGCCGCCUGACAAGACAUUCAAUAACGAGGUUCAGAACAUUAUGGCGCUCAAACACGAAAACGUAGUUGAGUUGGUUGGAUUCUGCUGGGAAACACAGAAGAAACUGGUGCAGUUCGAUGGAAGGUAUAUUCAGGCAGACAUCACUGAAAGUGUACUCUGCUAUGAGUAUUUACCUAAUGGGAGCCUUCAACAGAAUCUUUUCGGAACGAAAACAGUUGAGGCUGUCUCUUCAGCUGAACCUGUUAUCGAUUGGGCCACACGAUUCAAGAUAAUCAAGGGAAUUUGCCAGGGUUUACUAUUUCUACACAAGUUGGAUAUUCCCAUCAUCCAUAUGGAUCUCAAGCCUGAAAAUAUAUUGUUAGAUGAAAAUAUGGUUCCAAAGAUUGCUGAUUUUGGACUCUCGAGGGUCUUUGGCCAAGAACAAACCCGAUUGUACACACAAACAGUUGUGGGAUCAUAUGGGUACAUGGCUCCAGAAUAUCUAUACAGAGGUGAAAUUUCGGCCCAGUCAGACAUAUAUAGUUUAGGCUUAUUAAUACUCGAGAUCAGUACCGGAGAGCAAAACUGCAAAGACAAAAACCAACCCUCAGCAAGAAACUUUAUUGAUAAAGUACGCAAAGAUUGGACACUGGAGCACAUAGCAUCGAAGUAUGCAUCCUUAGAUACAGAUGGCCUCCAUCAAGUUAAAAUAUGCAUUGAACUUGGGCUAAAAUGUGCUGAGAUUGAUCGGCGAGUCAGGCCUCCCAUAGAAGAAAUUGUUGACACGCUCAACGGACUACGUGCAAACGAAAUGGCAAACGAGGUCCCUCAUGCAUCUCCAGUUAGCAAGAAGAUGGGUUUUCUAGGUGGUUUCAAGAAGAAAUAAAACGUGUGUUAUUAUUGCUGGAAGACUCAAAAUUUGCUUUGUAAAUAAGACCAUUUGAUGCUAUAUAUGCCAGUCUGGAAAUGUAGAAA